AUGCCUACCCAGCACCGCCAGAGUCUCUUUCCAUCCCAGUCUUUCUUCUGGAUCCUUCUGGUGGCCCUUGUGUUCCUGCUGUGUCCAUCCUCUGAUGCCUGCGGUGAGCCACCAACGUUUGAAACAAUGCAGCUCACUGGCCAACCUAAGCCGCGUUACGAGGUCGGGGAGCAAGUAGAUUACGAAUGUAAACCAGGAUACAAACGGAAGCUUUCUUCCUCCACGUCUACUUCUUGUGGUGAGGAUGGCACAUGGUCUUCUCUUUCAAAUGAUGCUUGUUCUAAAAAAUCAUGUCCAAUUCAACCAGAUCCUGUUAAUGGCCAAGUAAACCUCCUUAAUGGAAGUUUUGAGUUUGGUACACAAGUCAAAUUUGUUUGUAAUGAGGGUUUUUACUUAAUUGGUAAGCAAAUUCUACGUUGUCAGCUUAGAGGAUCAGAUGUGCGUUGGAGCGGGAGUCCCCCACAAUGUGAAAAGAUUUUGUGUGAGCCACCUCCACAAAUAGAAAAUGGAAGAUACACCCCAGAAAAGGAUGUAUUUGAAUAUUCUGAAGUAGCAACUUAUAAUUGUAAUCCCAAUCCUGGAUCAGAUAAAUUUUCACUUAUUGGACAGAGUCAGAUUCAUUGUUCUGGCCCGGGACAAUGGAGUAGUGACCCUCCCCAGUGUAAGGUGGUCAAAUGUCCAUACCCAGUUAUUGAAAAUGGAAGACAGACAGCAGGAUUUGGAAGUAAACAUUACUAUGGUGCAACAGUUGAGUUUGAAUGCUUGAAGGGUUUUUACCUUCAUGGAAGCAACUUGGUUGUCUGUGGUAGUAAUGGUACUUGGCAACCCCCAAUUCCCACCUGUUCUAAAGAGACACUUCCUACCAGUACAAAACCUCCUACCAGUGAAAAACCUACCUCUACAAAAUCUCCAACUACUUCAGGAAAACCCACUUCAAAUGAAGGAUCACUUGAUCAUAAGGAUUUAGAUGAAUGGAUCCUUGCUUUGAUUGUUAUUACUUUGUUGGAGUUAGAGUAA